CGUAGGCUAGUCUUCCGAUGCUCCAACACCAAACUGUGCCAGCUCUGCGCCGGCGCCGCCGCCGCCGCGAAUGGCUUCCCGCCUCCUAACUAGAUCAGCCGCCGCGCGCCUCCUCUCCCACCUCCGCUCCUCCAGGGCCCUGAACCCUACCCACCACUUCCUUGACCAUGGCGCCGCGUUGGGCCCCCUCCUGGGGACCCUCGGCCGCGGCCUCCCCGCGGCAGGCAAACCAUCAACCUCUCGCGAUCCGCCGACGACGCGGUGGUUCUCUUCCCCGGCCAUGGUGGCGGAGGUGCCGAUGACAGCGGACGGGCUCACGGUGGACUCGAUUGCGGGAAAGGGGUGGACGAUCCUCCCCGAGGCCGAGAGCGACUGGCGCAGCCACGCCGCAGCCGUCGCGCAGUCCGUCAAGCUCAUUAAGAAGCGCCUCAAGUGGGGAUGGAUACUUGAGAGAUCAAGGCAGUUGUCUGUGGUGUUGGAAAGGCCAGACCUCUGGGAUGAUCCAGUUUUUGCGGGGAAGGUUAGUCGUGAACAUGGUGAGCUCAUGGGCAAGAUUAAAUCAGUGAAUCAAUUCGAGCAGGAGUUGAUGGAGCACAUUGACAUGUUGAGGCUGGCACGUGAAGAGGACGACAAUGAACUUGAGACGGAAACCAUGAGGGCAUUAGCCGAAAUGAGAAGAAGUGCAAAGGAGAAAGAACUGAAUGCGUUGCUUUCUAGAGAUAAUGAUUCUUGCUCUUGCUUCAUUGAGGUUCAGGCAGGAGCAGGGGGUACUGAGAGCAUGGAUUGGGCUGCAAUGGUUAUGAACAUGUACAGCUCAUGGGCCCAACGACGAGGAUACACAGUCACCAUUAUAGAAGAAAUGCCUGGUGAAGUAGCAGGAAUCAAGAGGGCAACUAUCAAAGUGGAUGGUGAAUAUGCAUUCGGAUAUGCUAAAGCUGAAGUAGGUGUUCAUAGAUUGGUGCGAAUUUCUCCAUUUGACAGUGGAAAGAGGCGGCACACUUCCUUCGCUGCUGUGGCUGUUGUACCUAUUCUUGGUGAUGGUUCUACACGAUACCAGAUAAAAGAUUCAGAUCUUCGGAUAGAACGUUUCCGCUCUGGUGGACCUGGUGGCCAACAUGCCAACUGCACAGAAAGUGCUGUUAGAAUUGUACACAUUCCAACCGGUAUAACUGCAACUUGUCAAAAUGAAAGAUCACAACAUAUGAACAAGUCGUCAGCAAUGGCAGUGCUCCAGUCUCGGCUGGACCAGCUUGAGAUUGCCCGCCAAGCACAGAUGAAUGCAGACCACACGCAAUCACUCUCUGAAAUCAGCUGGGGCAACCAAAUAAGAUCUUAUGUGCUCCAUCCAUACCGUAUGGUCAAAGAUCUCCGGACAAACUACGAAGUAUCCGACCCUGAUUCAGUCCUUAAUGGAGAUCUAGAUGAUUUCAUCUUGAACUUUUUGUCAACAUCACUGGAUGAAGCUGAUGGAAGUGCCUGAAGUCCCAGAAAACUAUGGUUAUCGCUUAUCCUCGGCAGUAAUGACCAACCUGAGAUGGUAAGAAGAGCAACUUCAUUCUUUAGCACACUGACAAAAAUGACAUUUUAAAUGGUGAAAGGCUAAAGCGCGGAACAAUUAUAAAGGUGCAAAUAUCAGAACUAGACUAGAACGAGCUUAUAUUAACCUUCUAGUUAGAAAAGGGCAGUGCACUUCUGCUUCAUGGUUAGACUACAGUUCCUUUAUGUAUUAAUUGGUGCCUUUUGGUGUUAGUCUGCUAAAUAUAGUCAUCUCUUCUCAAUCCAGUUACCAUUCAUAAUUUUUUUCUUUUCUUAUUCCACAUUCACAAAUCAAAUAUUGUGCAAUUUUUUCCUUGAAUGGAUGCAUAAACAAUCUAUAUACUUUGCCAAUAGUAAUAACAAAGAAUGAAGCU